ACGCGGCCAAACACGCACAGAAGUACCUGUCAGCCUCCUGUCCAAGACGUCCACCACCUCUCGCUAAUAUUCCUCCUCGUCGCCUCCAGGAGUAAGUAUGAGGUGCCGUGGCCCCGGGGACGGCCUCUACAGGUGUCUGGGACUAGGGGAGGCACCGCAAGGAUGAAUUUUAUGUUCCCGGGCACCUACCAACCCAUGCCCAUUGGGGGCUUGUGGGGAUAUUGUACCGCAGGCAAGAUUGAAAUAGUGGAGUUGGAGUCCGUGUCGACUGUGGUGAACAUACGGGGAUUUGUAGCACAAGUGAACGCUAAGUUGCUGUACCAUAACUCGAGCUCCAGUCCUCUGCAGGUUCGGUACACGCUGCCGGUGGACGAGAGUGCUGCUGUGUAUAAAUUUGAAGCCCAUUUGGAUGGACGUAAAAUUUUGGCUCACUGCAUGGAAAAGAAAAAGGCUGAGAAAGUGUAUAAAGAGGCCGUCGAUGCUGGAAAGACGGCCAUCCUUACUAGACAGGAUGAACGCUCAUCAGAUAUGUUGCAAUUGGACCUUGGCAACCUCCCAGAAGGCUCAAAAGCCACGCUGAGCAUCAGCCUGGUGAUGGAGCUGAAAGUACAGACAGACGGUGGCGUGAGCUUUGUCUUGCCAACAGUACUGAACCCCCGAUAUAGUCCAGCAGGCGGUCCGACUGCUCCUCGUGGUUUUAACACUGAACUUGAGCAGGAAAAAGUGGUUACGGUGACGAAGGCCUACACUAUAGACAUCAAGGCACGCGUUUCGGGUGGUCACGAAAUAGCUCGAAUCAUAUCGCACACCGACUCUCUCAACGUUACCAUCGGCGAGGAUUUAAAGUCUGCCGAGGUUACACAAGAUGGAGGGUUCAAGAGUGACCACGACUGGAGUCUCUUGCUCUACUACGCCAACCCGUACAAGACUCGCGUCAUACGGGAGACUGGCGACCGCUCGGCCACCGGACUCAUGAAGGACGACCUCGUCAUGAUUAACCUGUUCCCGGAAGUCCCGGCCAACAGUUACUCCAGCAAAAAUGAGGUCAUCUUUUUAAUUGAUCGUUCAGGAAGCAUGCAAGGGGAUAAAAUUCAGAGCGCUCGGGCAACGUUGCUGCUGUUCCUGAAGAGCUUGCCCAUGGGUUGCCUAUUCAAUGUGAUCAGCUUUGGCAGUGACUUCAAAGCACUUUUCCCUAAGAGUUGUGAGUACAACGAAAACACGUUAAAAAAAGCUUGUAAACUCCAGGAGAAGAUGGAUGCCGACAUGGGCGGUACUGAAAUUUUCGGCCCAUUUCAGCAUGUUUACUCGACAGCCCCAACUCCUGGAUAUGCAAGACAAAUUCUGUUGAUCUCUGAUGGAGAAGUGUACAAUGUGGAUGAGGUAACUCAAAUGGUAGGACGUCACGCUCACGAAACUCGGGUUUUUGCAGUAGGCAUUGGUUACGGGGCGUCCACCGCUCUCAUACGCGGAGUGGCCCGAGCUGGCGGUGGACGUUCGGAGAUGGUUGUCCAGCAAGACAGACUUCAACUUAAGGUGAUGGGGCUAGUGAGUUCCAUGGUUCAGGAUAAUGUGCAGAAUGUUCGAGUUGCUUGCGAAAUGGAGCCGACUAGCAGUGUUAAACUCGUCCCCAAGGUUCCACCCAUUAUCUUCGGCGGUCAGCAUCUGACACUUUAUGCUCGGGUGCCCUCGACUAGCAUUGUAAAGACACUAAGCAUCAUGGGUAAUAUCGGGGAUGCUGAUCUAAGCAUCGGCAUCAAGGACAGUGAUAUUGUCAGUGUCCAUGACAGUGAGAUGAGCCUCCAUCGCUUGGCAGCACGAGCCCAGAUCAACCAGUGGCAGCUUGAUGAGGAAGAUGAUGUUGCAGAAGACAUGAUUGCCCUGAGCAUUGCUAGUGGCGUCGUCUCAGAAUUGACCGCUCUUGUUGGAGUGGAUCAGGAUGGAAAGACGGUAGCACAAAAGUGUCAAGAGAGUCCAGAAACGAGUCCAGAAAUAAGUCCAGAAAUGUUGAUGUCACAACGGGUUGGUGCAGCUCCACCCGCAUUUGUACCCCAGAACUUCGCUAUGCCUAUGUGGGGUGUAUCUGCGAGUUCCGGAGCCGUUAGAUUUAAAAAGAGUCCUCCUCUAGGAGGAAUGUCGCCAGCACCUUUGACGCCAAUGCAGCCAACACGUUUGAGUCAAUAUGUUGCUUUUGGUAGCAGUGCAUCCUCAGUUGGUUGUACAGCUGGUGGUUCGUUAUUUGGAGCCCAAGCCCCCACAGCUGGUGGUUCGUUAUUUGGAGCCCAAGCCCCUGCAGCUGGUGGUUCGUUAUUUGGAGCCCAAGCCCCCACAGCUGGUGGUUCGUUAUUUGGAGCCCAAGCCCCCACAACUGCUACGGCGGGAGGUGGAGGGUUUAGGUUUGGAAGUAAUGCUUCUGAACAAUGUCCAACACCUUUGAGUCAAAGUGUUGCUUUUGGUAGCGCUGCAUCCUCAUUUGGUUGUACAACUGAUACUUCGUUAUUUGGAGCCCAAGUCCCCACAACUGGUGGUUCAUUAUUUGGAGCCCAAGCCCCUGCACCUGGUGGUUCGUUAUUUGGAGCCCAAGCCCCCACAACUGGUGGUUCGUUAUUUGGAUCCCAAGCCCCCACGACUGGUGGUUCGUUAUUUGGAUCCCAAGUCCCCACGACUGGUGGUUCAUUAUCUGGAGCCCAAGCCCCCACAACUGCUACGGCGGGAGGUGGAGGGUUUAGGUUUGGAAGUAAUGCUUCUGAACAAUGUUCGGCAAAAACACAAGUUAGAGGCGCAUCGAGGAAAGCGAGAAACCAGUCUGAUGGUGGUGGCUUCGAUGUUGAUUGUGUGAUGACUGAACAGUCUGAUGAUGGUGGCUUCGAUGUUGAUUGUGUGAUGACUGAACAGUCUGAUGAUGGUGGCUCUGAUGAUGAACUUCUGAAGAUUGUAAGCUUACAGAAUUUUGAUGGCUCGUGGACACUCGAAGACAUCUCCAAACAUUGUGCAAAGUCUUGUGCCCAACUCAAAGAAUCCAAUCCGUCACAGAACAAAAAUGCUUGGGCCACAGCUGUGGCACUGGCACUGCUGGAGAGCCAGUUUGGUGAUGCUCGCGCCGAGUGGAGCCUCUUGGCUAACAAGGCUCGGUUGUUUAUAUCCAACUGUGGUGAAGAUGUGGACGAUCUCGUCAAGAAGGCCCAGUCGUUUUUGGCUACUCCACAGUAGCCUUGUAUGAACUAUAUUUUGUUUAUAUGGAAAUAUUUAUUAUAUAGGCAAAUACUUUUAAUUGUGUAAAGCUUUUAUUCUUUGAAUUAUUAUUUUGUUAAGAAUGCUUUAAUGUUUUCAGAGAUGCAAUGUACCCGUCAUCUUUCCUAGGAAACGAGAACCUAUAUUGCUGAACUAUAUUCAGAUUUGUGUUUGAGGAAUUGGUAUUACGGAAACAAACAUCACUCGCGUUGUAGAUUCUGGAAGUACCUUGCUGGGUAUAAAAUAUUUUUAAGUUCCUCAGUUCUUUGGUUAGAAAAAUUUAGUAUUGGCUGUAUCUUACUUCUAGUAAAUGCCAGCAAGAGGAGUUUUGUUGGGUACCUAUUUAUAUUGAUGUAGAGUCUCCACCAAUAGUGUAGUGUAGAGUUUGUUGGUGUGCUCCUUCCUGUUGUUGAAGCUCAAUUGUCGUGAUUACUGCCCAGUAACACACACAGACUUUUAUUUACAUGUUGACCAGACCACACACUAGAAGUUGAAGGGACGACGACGUUUCGGUCCGUCCUGGACCAUUCUCAAGUCGACUGUCGGACUCCAGGACGGAUCGAAACGUCGUCGUCCCUUCAACUUCUAGUGUGUGGUCUGGUCAACAUACUUCAGCCACGUUAUUGUGACUCAUCGCCUGUUUAUUUACAUGAUUUGAGAGAGAGAAAAUGGAAUGAUUUAUUCAGUUAUACACCUUUUUAAAGUUGUUCUUUUGUAUUUUAACUCUUUGUUGGGUUCGAAUGAUAUUUAGUGCCUUUUGAUAGUUAAUCAAUUUUGAACUGUGUUGUGAAAUGUAUGAUUUUGUGUUAUUAGAACUGAAAAUAGGAAACUUAAAAUGCUUGCAUAUUGCCCAUAUACAGGGUUAUUUGAUAAGGAAAUCUUGCCUUUUAUUGCCCAAGUCGUAUUGUUCCACUCGGUUGCACACCAUGUUAACCCUUAAACUGCGCACCGGGUUUUCGGCAAAAACUUCAUAGUGCAAUUGUCAAGGACAUAUUUUUAUUGGUUUUUAUGUUCAGGUAAAGUUAAUGUCAAAACUUUUCCAAGCUCGACCAUUUUCAUUUCAAAAUGGUGAUGAAAACAUUAAAAAAACAUUAAAAUAUUGCCUAAUUAAAAAGAAAAUAGCACAACUCGGAGUGCCUUAAAGCGCUCUGUGUAGUACAGUGGUCAAGGGUCCCUGUAAGACGGUCACAUAAAAGAGUUCCUGGCACAUUACUGUGUGUGUGAUAAGUACCUGCCUUAAUGUUAGGAAUACUAUUUUUUAUUUGUUAUCCCUUUAAUAGAUUUACUUGAUGCAAAUAAUGUUUAUAAUAGUAUAAUCCAGUAAUUCUAUAUAAAAUACUGUAUACUAUAAGAACAUGUUAGUAGGCAUUGGUAUUGCUUAUUAAAUAAAGCCACUAAUAUGUAACAUAUUUUUAGUAUUGUGAGUUAUCCAUGUUUGUAUAUGCAGUGUAUUCUAUUUGAUUUGCAAAAACAAAAAUAAUGCAUUUG